AUGACUGGCUGCGAUUCUCCAGGCCUAGGCCAAAGCAUUUAUAACUGGUGUGCUGUCUUAAUUGGUUCACCUGCAGUCAUCAGUCUACAAUACAGACCUGGAUACAGUAUACAAAUUAAGAUGUCCCCAGAAAUCACAUUGAACAGAAUCUCUCCUUCACUUUCUCCUUUAAUUUCAAGUGUGGUCAGAAAUGGAAAAGUAGGACUGGAUGCAACUAACUGUUUAAGGAUUACAGAUCUGAAGUCUGGGUGUACAUCCUUGACUCUUGGACCCAGCUGUGAUCGCUUUAAACUGCAUAUUCCAUAUGCUGGAGAAACACUAAAAUGGGAUAUAAUUUUUAAUGCCCACUAUCCAGAAUUGCCACCUGACUUUAUCUUUGGAGAAGAUGCUGAAUUCCUGCCUGACCCAUCAGCUUUACAUAACCUGGCCUCCUGGAACCCUUCAAACCCUGAAUGCCUCUUGCUUGUUGUAAAAGAACUUGUGCAACAGUAUCACCAGUUCCAGUGUAGCCGACUACGUGAGAGUUCUCGCCUCAUGUUUGAGUAUCAAACAUUACUUGAAGAACCUCAAUAUGGAGAGAACAUGGAAAUUUAUGCUGGUAAAAAGAACAACUGGACUGGUGAAUUCUCAGCUCGCUUCCUUCUCAAAUUGCCAGUGGACUUCAGCAACAUCCCGGCUUACCUUCUCAAGGAUGCAAAUGAAGACCCUGGUGAAGAUGUAGCUCUUCUUUCAGUCAGCUUUGAGGAUACAGAAGCUACUCAGGUUUUUCCAAAGUUGUAUUUGUCUCCACGAAUUGAACAUGCUCUUGGAGGAUCUUCAGCCCUUCAUAUCCCUGCUUUUCCUGGUGGAGCCUGCCUCAUUGAUUAUGUGCCACAAGUAUGCCAGCUCUUAACAAACAAGGUACAGUAUGUCAUUCAGGGUUACCACAAGAGGAGAGAAUAUAUUGCAGCCUUCCUUAGUCAUUUUGGAACCGGUGUGGUAGAAUACGAUGCUGAAGGUUUCACAAAGCUCACCUUGUUGCUGAUGUGGAAAGAUUUUUGCUUCCUUGUUCACAUUGACCUACCACUAUAUUUUCCUCGGGACCAGCCAACUUUAACAUUUCAGUCUGUAUAUCACUUCACUAACAGUGGAGAGCUGUAUUCCCAGGCUCAGAAAAAUUACCCCUAUAGUCCACGAUGGGAUGGCAAUGAGAUGGCCAAAAGAGCAAAGGCAUAUUUCAAAACAUUUGUCCCUCAGUUCCAGGAAGCAGCAUUUGCCAAUGGAAAACUAUAAAGAUGGAAUGACCUUAUCUGAAGAGGAUACCAUGUGGAUUCCUAGAUUCACAUGCCUGAUUACAGACCACAAUAUGAUAUCCUGGACUUCAGUUUCUAUUGGUGUUUUUUGUUUGGUUGUGUUUUUUAUGUUUGUUUUUUAUUGGGGUCAGGGACUCUGGAGUGUGUUUUUGCAUUUAGAGAGUUCGGUCACUACACUCUGAAUUCACUCUGUACAUACAUCAUGGACUUUACCUGGCCUAAUAUCUCUUUUCUUUUGCUCAUUGUUUCUAUACAAUUAUGGUCUUUAUUUACCUGCUUGAUUAAAAUUAAAAAUGUAGCAGAUAGAUGUGAUUUUCCCCA